GCCAUGGAGGCCCGGGUGGUGGCGGCCCUGGUGGAGGCCACGGUGGACCUGGCGGAGGCCACGGUGGACCUGGCGGAGGCCCCGGUGGUCCGGGCGGAGGCCAUGGUGGUCCGGGCGGAGGACCCGGACAUGACCAUGGUGGAGGCCACGGCGGCAAGCCUGGAGGAGACCACGGCCCCGGCGGGCAUGGCCCUGGCGGACAUGGCCCCGGCGGCCAUGGUCCUGGAGGUGGCCACCACCACGGCGGAUGCUAGCUCGCCACCGCUUGGCGGUUGUUGUGGACUAGCGUUCCAUGGUUGAGAUGUGAUGUAAAGUAUCUCCGGUGCCUUUUAACUAUCUUUUAUUUGAGGGAAAAAUGGACAAAAAUCUAAUAAGCACCAUGUGGAGUCAGUCCUGUAGUUGAGCUUGCAAGUAUCCUAAUGAAUUUCAAGUUCCUAA